CUCUGAUCUCUGGAGUACAACAAGAAGAAGCCAGAAAGAGAGAGGCUUCGUUUAGAGGUGGGAGGAGAUACACAGGUGGAACACACAUUGGGACGAGCAACUUGUUUCAGGAUAAACAAGGUGGGGGCAGGGAAGGGGGCAAUAGUAAGGUGGAGCAUUUUUGACUGGCCAGGCGCACAAGGACAGGUUAGACUGGUUUCUCCCCACGUGAUCCUUACUUCUCCUUGCCUUUUGAAAAAACUGUACAAGUGGAAAGAAAGCCCCAGCAGUGUUCUUUGAAGGAAAGUAACUUGGGUUCUCUGCACAUUUGAACAUUAGCCACAGAAAACGAAUUUCAAGAUGCCAGAGGGAGGCGAAUAUUAUGGAAAGCAUGGUGAGCCUAGGAAAUAUGAUCCUACAUUCAAGGGCCCACUCCAGAACAGGGGCUGCACAGACAUUGUGUGCUGCAUCCUCUUCAUUCUUGCCAUAUUAUGUUAUAUUGGAGUGGGAAUACUUGCUUGGUCACAGGGUGACCCCAGGAAGGUGAUCUAUCCCACGGACAGCCGAGGCCAGUUCUGCGGGCAGGCUGGCACCCCGCUUGAAAACAAGCCGCUGUUAUUCUACUUCAACAUCAUGAAGUGUGCCAGCCCCAUGGUGCUGCUGGAGUUCCAGUGUCCAACCACACAGAUAUGUGUGGAGAAGUGCCCUGAGAAGUUCAUGACAUUGAUCAAAGCGAGUAGCAACAGAAAAGACUUUGACUACUACAAGUCCUUCUGCAGGGAAGGGGUGACAAACUCGAUGAGUACACCCGAAAUCCUCAAGUUAGGUCUGUGUCCUGCUAUGCUAACCCCCAGCAAGCCUUUCACCCGUAGGUGCUUCCCAGCUUUGGGCCAAAAAGGAGGAGUGAUAACUGUGGGGAACAAUUCCCACUUUGACGAUGGAACUGGAAAUAUGAGAGAUGCCAAGGAUCUUUUAGAUGGAGUGAAGAAUGCAACUGUGGUUAUUGAAGCUCGCCAGGUGGUCAUGAAAAUCUUUGAGGAUUACACGCAGUCUUGGUACUGGAUUCUGAUAGGUUUAGUUAUAGCAACGGUCCUCAGCCUUAUCUUCAUCGUCCUCCUGCGCUUCCUGGCAGGGAUCAUGGUCUGGGUGAUGGUCGCCUUGGUGAUAAUAGUGAUAGGAUACGGUAUCUUCCACUGCUACAUGGAGUACGCUGCCCUGAAGGGAACGCCUGGUGCUGAUGUGACCCUGCAGGAUUUAGGCUUUCAGACAGACUUUGCAGUCUACCUUCAGAUCAGACAGACCUGGCUGGCCUUCAUGAUCAUUCUCGCCAUAGUAGAGGUUAUCAUCAUCCUGUUACUCAUCUUCCUCAGAAAAAGGAUCCUAAUUGCCAUUGCACUCAUCAAAGAAGCCAGCAAGGCAAUUGGAUAUGUGAUGUGUUCCCUUCUCUACCCACUGUUCACUUUUCUCCUCCUGGCUAUAGUCAUCGCCUACUGGGCCACCACUGCUGUUUUCCUGUCUACUUCAAAUGAACCUAUCUACAAAGUAUUCAACGAGACAACAUGCGAGCACUCAAGGAAAACAUGCGAUCCAGCUAACUAUACAACCACAACCAUGAAAGUGGAGUGCCCUGACUCGGAGUGCCUUUUUGCCUUCUACGGGGGAGAGACUGUUUACCACAAAUACCUGAUUGGUUUGCAGUUCUACAACGUCUUUCUUUUCUUUUGGUGUGCCAACUUUGUCACAGCGCUGGGGCAGAUGACAUUGGCUGGGGCCUUUGCCUCCUACUACUGGGCUUUUGUCAAGCCAGACGACAUGCCUUCCUUUCCUUUGUUUUCUUCACUCGGGAGAUCUCUCAGGUAUCACACAGGAACUCUAGCAUUUGGCUCCCUGAUCCUUUCAAUCAUCCAGAUCAUAAGAGUUCUCCUGGAGUAUCUGGACCAUAAACUUAAAGGAGCCCAUAAUAAGUGUACCAGGUUCCUCAUGUGCUGUCUCAAGUGCUGCUUUUGGUGCCUGGAGAAAUGCAUCAAGUUCAUAAACAGAAACGCCUACAUUAUGGUGGCGAUAUAUGGCAAAAACUUCUGCACUUCUGCCCGAGAUGCCUUCUUCCUGCUCAUGAGGAAUAUGAUCAGGGUGGCUGUGUUGGACAAAGUGACCGAUUUCCUCUUGUUUUUGGGAAAACUGCUCAUUGUUGGACUUGUGGGGGUCUUUGCUUUUUUCUUCUUCUCUGGGAGAGUGAAGGCUUUUGAGGACACCGCCCCUCAUCUCCACUACUACUGGGUACCCAUCCUGACUGUGGUGGUUGGCGCCUAUCUCAUCGCCCAUGGAUUCUUCAGUGUGUACGCUAUGUGUGUAGACACACUUUUCCUCUGCUUCUUGGAGGAUCUUGAGAGGAAUGAUGGCAGUCCAGAGAGGCCAUACCUCAUGCCUGAGAGCCUCCGCAAAGUCCUGAACAAGAAGAACAAGAAUGCACCAGCUCAGUAGAGCGUGUCCUCCAGCAGCGAUUGGUAACUAAAAUCGAUCAAAGAGCACAAGAAAGAUCCUGAUGCUUUUCAGAACCCUUCAGGUGAUAACCACAUUGUAUUUGUUUUCGUGAUUACUCUGAAAGAGGGUUUACAUUAAAGAAAUUCAGAGACUUACCAUAUAUCACUCAAAUAUUUAUUUAUAUAAUAGAGCGUUUUGGAUUUAAAAAUGCCUAAACCUAAUGUAUAUUUGGAGUGCAGUAAACAUCCAUAUUAUGAGCUGUUUUUGUUUUUUUUAUCCCCCACCCCCCCUAACCAGCAGUAAACAUCCAUAUUAUGAGCUGUUUUUGGUUUUUUUUAUCCCCCACCCCCCCUAACCAGCACAUGUAUAUUUUUCCAUACUUGAUAAGUACAUGAAGUUACGCUUCAAAGCAAGCUGUAUUAGUUUGGUCUUUAGUUUUUCCUUUUUUUUUUUUACUUUGAAAAUGUAUAAUCUUGCAUGACUUUUUUUGGGGUUUUUUUCUGUUACACCAAAGCCAUCGUACGGCCAAUGUGGGGCUGUAUAUGCACUGCAUGUCACAUCUAAUGCUGAAAGUUAUUUUGUACUGCUUUUAGUGAUUUUUUUUAUUUUUAUUUUUUUUUAUGACUGCUUUUAAGGUCAUUUUUUUGACAUUGUGUAUGGAGUGAACUGUAAAUGUUUUUGAAAUAAAAGUAAAAUAGUUUUGUA